GGGCAUUGUUUUUAAAAUGACAAUAUUUCAUGCUUACGUUAACGUUCCAAAAGGGGCUAUGGAGCAUGUUCUAAACAUCUGAGAUUACAGCAAGAAAACAGGUGCAAGCACCAAACGAGCCUGUCCCAGGGGAGCUUUGGACAAUUGUUCUCAUUUAGGAAAUAUUUGCCCGGGGGCCACUGCUUCAGACAGCACGCUUAUAUUCGGAGAUUAUACCGUUUGUCUUUCUGUUCACCAUCUUGGUUAACUUUUAAAAUAUAUACCUAAAAAAAAAAUCAAAAUAUAAGGCAAACAUUUUAAACGUGAUAAAUUACUGUGUUUAAAGAUUAAGUGUAUUUAGUUCACAUAAGCUCUACGGUGUUUAAAAUAAAGUUUAACCUAUUCUUCAGGCAUCAGUCGUCUCUGAAGGAUCGACGCUGGUUGAUGUCAAGUUUUAUUACAAAAAGGUUGAAGGUCUGUGUUUGUAGACCUAAACUAAAUAGGUUUGGGAAGGAAAGAGAGUCACCUCUUUUUCCUCCCAGGUCUUUGUUUGUGUUGUAAUAUACAUAUUUUGGUAGGUUUUAUGUGGAUUUCUCAAAGCUGAUUGGGCGCUCAGGUUGCGGCGUGAACGCCCUGUGAUUAUGUCAGAUCGCGUGCAGAGCGAACCAGCCCAGCCUUUGAACUUCACCGCUUUUGGCUCUCAUUCACUAGCUUCUCCUCGCUUGUCAGCCAGGUGCUUCGCGGGACGAGAAUCCUCCGAGAAAAAGCGCACGAGCACACCGUGGAAACUUAGCUUCCCGCCCUGGAUUUUGCGGAGCGAGGGGCUGUUCUUGCCUGAGCCCCCAGUGUCAUUUUUAACAAACAUCUUUCAUCUACACGACCACACGGAAGAAUUACUGGAUUUUUUUCAUUGAUGUCGUUUUUAAACUUCUCCAACUUUUCAGAAGUGGCAUGAUCCGUGUCUGUCUACAUAAUAGGUGAAUACUAAUUUCUCUUGGUUAAAGAACUUCUUGUCGUUAUUUUGAAAGAGGAGUUUAAACGGCGCUGUGAAAAUGUCAAAGCCGGCAGAUCACAUCAAGAGACCCAUGAACGCCUUCAUGGUCUGGUCAAGAGGCCAGAGGAGGAAAAUGGCUCAAGAGAAUCCCAAGAUGCACAAUUCAGAAAUAAGUAAAAGACUCGGCGCCGAAUGGAAACUGCUUUCUGAAUCCGAGAAACGACCAUACAUCGACGAGGCCAAGAGGCUUAGGGCUCAACACAUGAAAGAGCACCCAGACUACAAAUAUAGACCCAGGCGGAAACCCAAAAACCUUCUUAAGAAGGACAGGUAUGUGUUUCCUCUGCCCUACCUGGGUGACACAGAUCACCUGAAAGGACUUCCGGUUACUGCCACGGACUCUCUCUUAGGUUCUACGGAAAAAGCUCGUGCAUUUCUGCCACCAACAUCUGCCCCUUACUCCUUCCUCGACCCGAGUCAGUUUAGCACCAGCGCCAUCCAGAAGAUGACAGAGAUGCCUCACACGUUGGCCACCAGCACUUUACCCUACGCAUCAUCUCUGGGAUACCAGAAUGGCGCAUUCGGGACCCUGGGUUGUCCCAGCCAGCACACCCACACCCAUCCGUCGCCUACAAACCCUGGGUAUGUGGUGCCCUGUAACUGCACCGCUUGGUCGGCAUCGAGUUUACAGCCGCCUGUUGCCUACAUACUGUUCCCAGGUAUGACCAAGAGUGGGAUUGACCCAUACUCAACAGCACAUGCCACUGCUAUGUGACUCCACCACUAUAACAUUCUACUCUUUGAAAACUUGAACACACCAAUGCAUGUACACAAGAAAAGAGGAAUGGUCAAGACAUUUAUACAUGAGUCCGUGUGGAAUUGAACUUUUCGCCAAGUACGAGAGGUUCCUUGGAUCUUGGAAUAAAUGUAAGGCAGGUGCCCAGUACUGUAAGAAAUGUAAAUGUUGAAACGUUUAUUAUUAUUAUGGCAAUAGGAUUUGGAUGCCAUUAAUUUUAUUUAUUAUGUACAAUUUGAUGCUAAAAUGAUAAUUGUGUUUUGACAGUUAAUAUAAUUGUUAUUAUCAUCAUAUUUUAAUGACUUUAAUUUGCACAAAUACCGGUUAAGAUUGAUGUUCUUUGUACAGCCUAUUGUAUUUAAUGCUGUUUUUUUAGCACUCUGAAAUUCAAAUUUUAUGACUAUUAGGGAUUUCAAAGUUGGAAAUUCAACGUUUAAUAGAUUAUACGGGUUAUUUUGAUUAAAAAGAUCUAACCGAUUUCUGCAAUUAGACAGUCUAUUCAAAAUAUAAAAUGAAAAAAUCUUACCUUUUAUUAUCCUUAAUUUUGACAAUUUAUGUGGUUCAGUGUUAGUCACUCGUUCUUUUGAUUUGAAUUGAACUAAAAGUUUGAAGCGAAGCUGUCCAUCUUGUAUUUUUUAUCUGCGAUGACAACUUAAAUCCUGUCAUGUUAAUGGAAAGGAAAAUUUAUCUAAAUCGGGUGAUACCUCGAUUCUUCGUUCAUUUACCGAGCAAAGACAUUUUAAAUAAAGACAUCUGUCUUAAAAAA